AUGAACUUUACGCCUGGUGAGAACUCGCCGCCAAACUACCACUUCCCGCGUAUGCCCAACGUCCACACUACGAAGCCAAAAUCGCGACGUCCAUGCGAUCCCUGUCGGCGCCGGAAGUCACGAUGCGAAAUAUCAGACAGCGGACCACCAUGCGUUCUUUGUCAAUUCCAUGAUCAAGAAUGCACCUUCAACGAAAACCCGCUACCACGGAAGAGGCGUGCCGUGGCUGCCAACGAAGUCUCUGAGCCUACUGAAACCUCCCGUGGCCAACUACCUCUUGCAAACGACUACAGGAACAACACUGCCCAAUCUACAUCACCUCAGGAUACUACUGCCAAAAUCCGACAGGAUCCGCCAAUUGAUGACUACGCAAAUCUACACGGUCCUUCGCUCCUGAAGAAGACGUUGGGCCUGCAAACCAACAGGCACAGUCGUCUUGUCGGCUCAACUUCGGAGUACGAACGUCUUUUAUUGGCACUUGAGCCAGUUCAAUCCGCUGGCGGUGCUGAUGCUUUGGCUGGCCAUCCAAAGCUACGAAAAGUAGAUGACGCCCAUGCAACGACAUUCGUCUCAUCACUCGAUGCCGGCACGCUCAACAGUCAAGGCGACAUUCCGGAUCUCGACGCUAUCGAGAUAGCCGUAGCACCACAUGGCCCCGCGUUGAUACGUCUCUUCUUUCGGAUCGUACAUCCUAGCUUCCCGAUUCUGCACAAGAAAGUGUUCCUUGAGAAAUAUGAGCGGACUCAUCGAGAGUUCUCGCCGCCGCUAUUGGCGGCCGUUUAUCUCCUGGCCCUCAACUGGUGGACGUAUUCCAGCGAGCUAGCACUGCAGUCGAAGCCAGACGUUUCGCAUUUAGAGUCACUCACGAUGAGAUCUUUUAGCAACAUCAUCCACAGGCCUAAGCUUUCGACUAUUCAGGCAGGGUUGCUGCUUCUUCAGCGACCAGAGGGCAACAGCUGGGCGCUGACAUGUCAACUGGUUGGGCUAGCGCAGGAUAUGGGACUUCAACUUGACUGCACGACGUGGCAUAUCCCAGCCUGGGAGUGUGGCCUUCGCAAACGUUUGGCAUGGGCUGUAUUCAUGCAGGAUAAAUGGGGUGCGCUGGUGCACGGUCGCCCCUCGCACAUUACGCCGAUGGAUUGGGAUGUACAGCCUUUGACUGUCGACGACUUCCCAGAGAGCGCCGCUGAUGAGGAUGACGAAGAUGGGAGUACUGAAGUGGAGAAAGGACGGAUCUUGUUCUGCUAUAUGGUAGAGCUUACACAGAUCUUGGCGCAGAUACUAUCGACUUUCUAUACGCUAAAGGCAGAGCGCGACUUCGCCAGCCGUGCGCACGAAGGCGUGCGAUCGCUGCUUAAUCCAGCAAAACCUUUGCAGCUUACCUUACGCCAAUGGUAUGCCAACAUGCCAGCUGCGCUGAAAGUGCAGGACAUAGCUGCGAGAAAGCUCUCCAGCGUCGGCUAUCUUCACCUUGGGUACUACGCAGUCGAAAUAACGCUCCACCGACGCAUCAUCCGCUCAUUGUCUCCAGUAGACGACCUCGAACUCCACACCAUAUGCCGACAAGCAGCACAGAUCCGACUCACAUCUGCCAUGAGCUUCGUGCAAUCUCUCCGACCUGAACACUUCCAAUCCUUUUGGUAUUCAUCGUCCACCUACAACUUUACACUCAUUGGCUCUUUCAUCUCGCUCCUUUGGGUGACAUCUCCUAGUAGCGAAGAGGCAGCCAGAUACCGAGCUCAUCUAGACCAGUAUAGAUGGAUCAUACGCCUCUCGAGCAAAUCGGCAGACUUUCUCGAAAGAGCCCUAGUGUCACUCGAUGUAUCUUCCAGUGCGCUGAUGAAAGCCACCCCCAGCGAUACCGGCUCGCCCAGUACAGCGAUUGAUCGGCAGUUCAGCAUGGUAUCGAGUCGCAAUAACGAUGCGCUUGUCCCUGAGAGCAACAGGCCCGUGCCUGUUUUCACAACUCCCUCCGCUACCCAAUUCGAUGGAGGAACAUACAAUACAUCGCUGGAAGGAACCGACCUCACUGACCACUCGUGGUUCGAUGCAAUGCACGAGAGCGACUUCGGCAAUGCGUACAAUGGACAUGGCGUAACUUCGCCUGGGCAGUCGAACGUGCCAUGA